GUGAAGUUUUUCUCUGUCUACAAGGGACUAUUAUUUUAACAACCAAUGAAUUACGGCUUUUCGACCAAUGAUGAUCACACUAUGACUAUUGCCGCCGAUUAAAGCAUCCCGUAUGUAACGCGAUUAGUACAGCCAGUCGAUUGCAAAUACACAUUUCAAGGCAUUUAGACCACAGAAGCCAGUCAACCGAUUGUAAUGCACCUGUAGAAGUAUCCAACACAUUCAAACAGUCUGAAGCUUUUUCUUUUAAAUGACUCAAAGGGAAUUUUCAAGUUUUUUUGUAGAUUCCAUUCAGUAGAUGAAUAAAUUCAAAUUUUUUGAAAAUAACUCAGCUUUUCGUAUUAUGUGAUAUUUUGUGUUUUGCUUCCUGUGUGUCAUUCACACUAUGUUUGUCCUCAGGAAUAUGAUACAGUUCUGAAGUGCCACACAAGCUAUUAGUGGGCAUCUUAUGACCUAAUACACCUUCCAAUUACCAUUAGCAUUGUGGUUCGACUUUCAUUAAAAGGUUGUCACUUUGAACAGUUGGUGGGCUACCACUUCUAUCUAAACGGUGGCGUGGAAUCAAAACAAUUUUCUCUUGAUUUCAUAAUAUUGAGUUUUAUUUAGGAACCAAAUACAUUCAAGCUAUAUAUGAGUGGAAAUAAUAGAUGGUGGAAGUAUCUAGGAUGACCUUGGAUUGGCAAAUUGAUUUUGACGAUAUAAAUGAUGAUUGAAGGUAAGAUGAAAAUCUCGGUUGAAGUAAGAUUUGAACCAGCAAUCCUUAGAUUACUGGUCGAUUAAUAUUAUGUGAAUAAGUCUACAACAUUCGAUACUAGUUCGACAAUGGUUAAGGCUGAAAUAUUGGAAAAGCAGUUGAUUCCAUGUAAAACUGUCCAUUUGAAUCUUGACCUUGGCGGCCUGUUCGAAUUUUUGGGUCAGCUAUUAUAAUAUCUACAUAUUGCAUCCAAUCUACCGUUUACUCACAUUUAUUUAUCACCUUAAUAUGAAUCUUAGCGGGAUCAUUUACUCUGGUAACUUUAAUAAUCAUUUACGACCAAAUAACUUUCAUAUUUCCAAGAAAUCAAGGAGGAAGCAUCGUAGUGGUUGGCAGAAAGCUCUCAAACGUACACCAAUACACUUAACUACGGUCCCUGUCAUAAUGAACACAAACUGCCGCUCUCUGUCAAACAAGAUAAUGUACCUACAAUCUCUGAUGUCCACUGACACUUAUCAUAAUACUGCCAUAAUUACAUUACAAGAAACGUGGUUACAUGAAAUGUAUGAUGAUAACCUUAUCUCACUAAAGGACUUCAUUCUAUUUAGACAAGACCGUCACUGUUGUAAUAAGAAAAAUGGUGGUGGCGUUGUAACUUUUAUUCACUCCAAAUGGUCUAUUUCAAAUAAUGUUUGCUUCUCAUUCUCAAAUGACUUCAUAGACUGUAUUACUGUCAAAUGUCGUCCCAAACAUCUCCCCAAAUAUAAACAUAUCUUUGUUACAAACAUCUACAUUUCUCCCAGUUGCUCACUAUCUGAUCUUUCAAAUUUUUCUGACGAAUUCACCAUGUUUGCCGCUGCCAACUUCGACAACUCCCCAUUUGUUAUUACUGGGGAUUUCAACUCCUCAGAGUGCUCCUUCCUUGAAGCACUUGGUCAUACAAACAUAGUCAAAUUUCCCACUCGACUUGACGAAACACUCGAUUUAGUUUUUACAAAUGACGAAAGAGUAUAUGAAAUACUUGAACGUUUCCUUAUUAACUCUAUUAAAAUAUUCUUUGUUCUCUCACAUUCUGUAUAUCUCGACCUUUUGUUACCGCUUACGCCAGUAAAUAUGCUAGCAUCUACUUUUCUAACACCUUCAGUCAAACACUCUGUUCAAUUUUAGCUUUGCUACCGACAUGCCAAUAUGUUGUUGUCAUAAUGAACUGAAACUACUUCAAUCUAGGUAGAAUUUUAUUUAUUGAUAAUGUACUAACUGGAUGCAAUAUUGUAGUGCAAUGCUGAGAAUUUCAUUCUGUAUCACAAGUACUGUUUUAGAAUAAAGCAAAUUAUUAUUAUUAUUAUACUAAUAUUUCAAUGAUUGAUACCAUUUCUGGUAAAAAUUUAAAUUA